GGAAAUCCGUAUCCCAAACGGAAAGGACCUACAUUUGUGCGGGCUGCGGCUGAGCACACUAAACGACGGUUUACACAUACGAAAACGUCAUCACUUGCGGAAGAAAUCGCGUCGACCGUCGAACGAGAUAAACGUCAUCGCCGAGAAUCGAGCGGUCGCCGGUUUUUACAAGCUACUCACAGCCAGUCAGUCAGUCAGUCAGUCGGUCGUUAGUUCGUUAGCGUGUCAGUUGCAUCAGUCCCAGGUGCAACAGUCCCAAGCCAGAGCCAAGCAUUCGUCGUGGAACGGAUAAAACGGCGGAAAUAGUGCCAGUGCGCCAGUUCCCAACUCGGAGCUAGAAUAUCCGUUCUUUUGCUCCGAGCGAUAAAAUCGAUUCGUUUCUGUGACCCCCAGGCGAUUCGUGCGACAGCGAGUUGUUCAUACAUUUCACCGAACAAAUCAGAAUCAUGAAACAGCUACGGCAACAACAAGAAGAUAAGUUAGUAAUGAUAUGCGCGUGAAAAAGUGAAUAGUAAACACUGGUGCCGCAAACAAAUAAUUAAAAUCAGUCACCCCGUGAAGAAACCGCACACUCCAGAUCCUGUCCGGAAAAGUAAAUUUCCGAGAUUUAUGCGCCAUUCAGUCACGCACUGCCCUGCGCCUCUGAAAGCGGAAAUUUUGUGGAGCGGACGAUCGUUCUCGUCUUGAUCGUCACCGUUGUUAUCCCGGUUCGACAGGAAACCGACCUCAUCAGCGAAAUCUCGACAUGUAUCCCUACUAUGAGACGGAGUGGAGCAUUCUGCCGCCGGAGCACAAUCGAAGAUACAGCCCAGGUCUAACAAUCAACAAUAUCAAACAAGUGAUCAACGAAACAAUCGAAACCAAUAUUCUAAGAAAGCCUUCACCGACGCGACUUCGGGAACUGAUUCGUCAAAUACGGGCCGCACGAACUGCCGCCGAGGAGCGAUCCGUAGUCAACACAGAAUGUGCCUACAUCCGCAGUACCUUCCGGGAAACGGAUUGCAUUUGGAAAUGUCGCAACAUGGCCAAACUGCUGUACAUACACAUGCUGGGCUAUCCGGCUCACUUUGGACAGAUGGAGGCCCUGAAGUUGGCAGCAAGUCCCAAGUACACCGACAAACGGAUCGGAUACCUUGGGGCGAUGCUGCUACUGGACGAACGGCAGGACGUUCAUGUCUUGCUAACCAAUUGCUUGAAGAAUGACCUCAACAGUCCGACGCAGUUCAUCGUGGGAACCGCCCUCUGUACGCUUGCCGCCAUUGCCUCCCCGGAGAUGGCACGCGAUCUGACGCACGAAAUCGAGCGUGUCAUUGCUUCCUCGAACACUUUCCUCCGCAAGAAAGCAAUCCUCUGUGCCUUUCGCAUGAUCCGCCGAGUGCCUGAACUGAUGGAGGAGUAUUUGCCCCGCUGUGCGCAGUUUUUGAACGACAAAAACCACGGCAUUCUCGUAUCGACGGUCACACUAAUAACGGAAAUGUGCGACCAGAGUCCGUAUGCGUUGGCGUUCUUCAAAGCCUCCAUCCCAGCACUGGUUCGAUUGCUGAAAACCUUAACCGUAAGCGGUUACUCCCCGGAGCAUGUGGUUAAUGGAGUCAGCGAUCCGUUUCUACAGGUUAAGUUGCUGCGCCUGCUGCGAACCCUCGGUCAUGGUGAUCCCGAUCAGUCGGAGAUCAUGAACGAUGCAUUGGCCCAGGUUGCAACCAACACCGAGACGAACAAAAAUGCGGGCAAUGCGAUACUCUACGAGACGGUACUGACUAUCAUGAACGUUGAAUCGGAAAACAGCUUGCGCGUGCUGGCAGUCAACAUCCUCGGUCGGUUUCUGCUCAACAGUGACAAGAACAUACGCUUCGUUGGUCUGCUGACGCUGGUUAAGACGGUACAGCGGGACAUGACGGCCAUCCAGCGGCAUCGUAUCACCAUCCUCGAGUGCCUUACCGACUCGGACAGCUCGAUCCAGCGCUGUGCCAUGGAGCUGUCCUUCACCCUGAUCAACUCCCAGAACAUCGAGAUGAUCGUGCGGGAAGUGCUCAAGUACCUGGAGACGGCCGAAGCGGAGAUGAAGAGUAUCUGCAGUAGCAAAAUAGUAUCAGCUGCCGAACUGUACUCGCCAUCAAUUCACUGGCAUCUGGAUGUCCUACUUAAAAUUCUUACGAUAGCCGGUAACAACAUCAGGGACGAUGUUAUUUCCUCCACCAUCCAACUCAUAUCGAACAGCCCCAGAGAAGAGCAGCACUUCAUAGCUGGGAAAAUGUUGGAAUCGAUAACGAACAUGAACCUGUUGGAAAAUCGCCAACCCCUGGUGCAGGUGGCCGUUUGGACGCUCGGAGAGUACGGAGAGGCAGGUCAUUUCGAUGAGAACGAACUUAUCGACCACUAUCGGCAACUGCUCUGGGCACCGCAUCUGUCCAUCACUACCAAGCAGUACAUUCUGGUAUCGUUGGCCAAACUCAGCGUACGGAUGGAACAUUGCACGACCAACAUUCAAAACAUAAUCAACGCAUUCAGAGCGCACCUAAACAUUGAUCUGCAGCAGCGUGCCAUCGAGUUCAGUCAAUUAUUUACCAACUUCAAGCAUCUGCGACCCGCUCUGUUGGAAAAGAUGCCUGUACUGAAGAUAUCGGACAUGUCCAGCUCCGAGUACAAUUCAGAUUUCACCGCCGGACAAGAGAUAACUACACCAACGGCAGAAACAAUUCCCCUCAAGGAGCCCUCGAAUCAAGACAUUCUACUAGACCUGCUUGGUGAUUCAUUCGGGAGCAGCUCCUCGGCGACAGCGACAACCACGCCUAGUCCCUUGCAGCUUUCUACACCCAGUAGUGCUGCAGCUGCUAAUGCCGACAUUCUGGAUCUACUUGGUUUGAGCGUUGUCGAGAGUGCAGCUCCACCAUCAACCAUAACAACAGUAGCCACAAUUCAUAGCCCGGUGGAAUAUUCCGCCACUACGAUACCGGUAUACAGUCGAGAGAACGUCGAUAUCAAAUUCAUCGUUCGAAAAGAGUACGAUCAGGCGGUCGUAACCGUCAAAACAACCAACAAUUCGCUCAAUAUGCUAGAGAAAUAUAUGUUCCAGGUGGCAGUCCCGAAAACGUUCUCGAUUCAAAUGAUGGAACCAUCCAGCACGGUAAUGCUUCCGGGGGAGUCAGUCGUGCAGGAUGUCAUUGUGGUGCGCAGCGCUCAAGGAACUAACACUCCUCUCCGGAUGAAGGUCCGAUUUUCCUACGAAAUCGGAAACUACUCGAUGAUGGAACAGGCGGACGUUAGUGACUUUCCACCGGAUCUGUUCGGCUGAAGGAUUUGCUCAACAUCAUACAUACCAAAUCAAUACAGAAGGGCACAAAACGCUAGAAGUCAAUCAAAUCGUGAUGCUACAAUAAGAGCAGCCAUGUGAUUACGGAUAAUUUUAGAACCCAGUGGACCGAUUUAGCUCAAAACCAAUCUUGCAAAUAUGUUUCAUCUUGUUUCUUUUUAAUGUAUUAUAGCAGUUUCCAAAAACAUUUUAUCAUUGUAUUAUAGACUUUUAACUUGUUACACCAAUGUAGUUAAUAAAUACCAGUUUUAAUCGAUUUAUUCUAUUAAAAAUAAAUGACAAAUA